UCUAGUAUUGUAGGUUAGUUAUUAAGGUGAGCUGGUCCAAAUGUAUCGUUUCGUCGGACAGGCGGGGAGCCAAACUGGACAUAAGGGGGUCGGUGUGCAGUCAGGGUGACGCUCAUUUCUCUACCUCCGCCGUGAACAUCCUUCUCCUCUGGUCGAGAGUGCAACCUGCGUGAUUUUAAAGCAAAAUGGCGACAGUCUAAGAGAGGGGAAGACGAGCAACGGUGUCAAGUGCAAUGACAAGCUUGAGGACAUGAGUCGUCGUCCUGAGGUGUGUAAGAGCCAUGUGGUGGAAUCAGUGCUUCAACAUAGACUGAUAGUUUUGCUACUAUGUCUGAUCUGAAUCUAAAUGCACAAGAGGACAAAGCCGUGGAAUCUGUGUCUGACAGCCCAGGUUGUACUCAGGAGCCAUUACAGAGUCACACAUUCUCCCAGAAGAACAAUGCUGCAGGUCUGUCCUCAGAUGAACACGAAAACCCUUUAAAUGGAACCCAGCCGAAUCCAUUUGUAUACAGCAGUGUCCCUGCUGUUCCCAAUGCAGGCUAUUCAUUGCCUUCAGGAGCACUUGUUAAUGGACCUGGUUCACACCCCACCUCAGAGGUACACUGUGUCCUGAACAAAGGCACUGUUUUAUCCAACAAUGUCCUGGAUGCCGCGUGGCAAGCGGAGAAGGACACGAGCCCCGAGGUGUUACCACCACCUAGUGAGCUUCAAUCAGACGCUUGGAAGAACACAGCGGGGCCCGUCGUAAAAACACUAGCCACACAGCCAGGUGUCAACACGCCACUGUCUCACUCGGAGGAGAAUGAGUCUAAACUGGCCUAUUCCACACUGUCAGGUGACAGUGCAGAGCAAAUGCACAUUAGCCAACCUUUAACAAAACAGACAAUGAAAACAAGAUCUCCACGGGAAGUAGAAUGGUCACAAAGCUCCUUUCAUGAUUAUGAUGAUGCUGAAGUAAUCAGAUGGGAUCCAAUAGGAGGGUGCUUGUUGCGCAAUGACAGAAGGCUGGAGACCAAAGUGAUGCACAAAAGAGACAAGAAGCACAAUGCACAUGUAAAAAGCAUGUCAGGCUCUCAAGAAAAGGUUACCAACAGCUUCAAUCACACAUAUGGAGGUUUCUGUUUCUGCAGUGGUAAUGAUGUUGACAUCACCAACAAAGCUGAUUCUUUGGGAACACAGUCUGAUGUUAAACAUUCUGUUGUGCCAUUCAAAGAUCUUUCUAGGAACACCGCUUCAGACUCUGAACCCCAUUUUUAUAGCACAGCACAGGAAGGCUGUAAUGAGGAAAAUGACCCUGAAGAUGAAGACAAUUUUAGACCAAAAGUGGAACAGUUGAAGACAGAACAAGUUGAACAAGAUCCACUUUUCUUUUCAUGCACAAUAUGCAAUGUUAAUUUCAAGGAAAAAAGACAUUUCCAUAGACAUAUGAUGUAUCAUUUAGGCAAGCAUAAUCAGGUGAACAGUGAGAAUGUUUCACAGCCCUUUAUAUGCAGGGAGUGUGGGCGUUUGUUCUGUGAUAGCAACUCCCUCAUGAGGCACAUCAUUAUUCACCAAGACAGGCUGGAAAAACUUAUGGAGGAAAUCAAAGGUCUUAAAAACACUGAAUUCGAAGACAGGGGCACCACAGUACAGUGCCCGCAGUGUGUAUUUGGUUGUAACUGCCCUAAAGUCUUUGUCCAGCAUGCCAAAACACAUGAUAAUCUGAAGCACUACUACUUCUGUGAGGAGUGUAACUAUGUUACACUGACACAACAGGCACUUGAGGCACACCUACAUAGUGCACACCUCAACACACACCAGCCUCAAUGCAGAAAAAUUACUCAUACUAACGAUGCAGAGGAAGUGGACCAUGUUAAGUUUCAGCGUAAAAUAGUUUUUUUCUCUAGCAGAGACAAAGUUAUAUUGGAAAGACAUUCUGAGCUGGAGCGUCAGCGAUCACACUAUGGUAAUUCUAAAAAGGUUGCUGACCAGUCCAAAAUUGCCGGGUCUAAACCAAGUCUGUCUAAGUUUAUUUUUGGAGAAACAGCCGAAUCCCCCCACUGUUCCAGUAAAACGGGGGACAUAUACGUUCAAAAGUCCAAUGACAAAACAGCAAGUUCUCCUCAGUUUAAGUCAUGCCAUGUUGACUGCACCAAAAACAUGCUCUCACCGUCUUUGUGGAUGGUGGACAGGCAUGGAAAAUUACUCCCACAACCAGCAGAAAAAUUAGACGUGGCAACUGAUCUCACCUGUGUCGAAGGAGAUGCUGAAAACAAUGACUGCGAGGCUUUUGGCAGCUCAAAGCAGGCAAACUGUCCUGCAACCGCAGAUUUUUUCCUAUCAGCCAGAAAUCCUAAAUUAGACCAGAUGUUCUGUCAGGGUAGCAAGAACGACCAGGCAAGCGGGAGUUUACAAGCACAAGCAAUGAGAAAAAUGUCAACACCCUUGCAUAACUCUAUUGACAGUAUGAAUGGUAAUAUAUUGCCAAGGCUUAGCCAGAGGCUGAAGAAACAGUCUGCAGAUAGGGAGUUAGAGAAAGGCUGUAAGGGCAGCAGCAACUUCAGUGAUGACACCAGUGGAGCCACAGGCAGCUUCUUGGAAAGCAGCGAAAAUGAAAGGAACCCGUAUGCUCGGAGGUAUUUCAGAAAGAGGCAGAGGUUUUCGGCCAAACACCAAAGCCCUCAUGUACUCAGGGAUGAAGAUGAUGGAGAUGAAGACUGUAGUGACAUAGAGCAACUCGUAAUCAAGGAGGAGUAUAUCGAAACUACAGUGUGUGAUGAUUCCCCAGAGUCGCCUUGUACACCUUGUGACAGCCUUGAUGUUUUCCCCGCACCAGGAGUAAAACACAAGCCCUGUCCGUACUGCCCUGCCAUGUUUGAAUCUGGAGUUGGUCUGUCCAAUCAUGUUCGAGGCCACCUUUACCGAGUUGGCUUGAGCUAUAACGCUCGGCACAUGGUUUCGCCAGAGCAGGUGGCGUUGAAGGACCAUCAGCCACGAAUCCGCAGGAGGAUCCCCUGUGGCACGAGAAAAAUGAAAAAAGCUGUUAAACCAGAAACCCAAGGAGAGCACGCAUGCCCCCUGUGCUGGGGUUGGUUUGAUACUAAGACUGGCCUUUCCAACCAUGUGAGGGGACACCUGAAACGAAUUGGUGGAAGUGUUACCAGCACCAGUAAGUCCCCGCUCUGCAUCCUAAAUGAACUGCUACAGGACAAAAAGGAACAUCGGAACAUCCUCCAGGUCCUCAACAAGAGCCAAUUCCCCUCACGAUCCUUUGUCUCUCCGAAUUUAAUCAGCAGCAAUGGCCUGGUCCUGAUGCGCACAGGCAUCCCAGUGAAAAUCCAGUACGAGAUGAAGAGCCCACGUCCUAUCUUGGACAGCUUUGUACCAAAACAGGAGGCAGAGGCCUUCUCAGAAAAGAAGAAGUUUCUGGUAGAGGCACAAAGAGGCACUAAGGCCUCCUCAAGCACUUUAGUUGAACUGCUCAAGAUGAGACGGGAAAGUAUGGAGCUUUCAGCGAGAAACAACCAGGAAGCCUAUGCAACCAGGAAGCUCUGUGAUUUAACCAAAGAUUACAUGGAGGAGACACAGAUGACCAAUGUGCAAUCAAACUGGGCUCAUGGGGAAUGUGAUUCGAAUAAGAUUUGUAUUCAGUGUAACAGCACCUUUCCCAGGCUUCCCGGUCAUCUUCAAGCCUAUACACACAGGAAGAGGAUUGCCAUUUUUGAAGGACCAGGCUAUGGUUAUAAACAGAAGAAGCCAAGACCAAGGCCUGGGUUAAAAAAGAAGAUUUUACCAUCCUUGAAUGCUGAGAUAUACACACUCACCUGCAGAUUCUGUGACUUAGUCUUCCAGGGUCCCCUGUCUGUCCAGGAGGAUUGGAUCAAGCAUUUACAGAGGCACCUUCUGCACACCAGCGUGCCCCACUCAGGGACAGGGAUGGUAGAGGUUUUGGGUCUUCAUCACAAAAUACAAAUGAACAUGUCUUGUGAGCACCCAGACCUUGAGUAGAGUUUGGCCUGUCUAGAACUUCCAGUUGCGUGAAUUUGCACACUAUAAUCAAUACAUUAUUUUAGAUUAGUCCUGCAGCUCUUUAUACGAAUAUGUAUAAUAGGUAAUCCACACUACUUAAUAGUUUACAUUAAUAAUACUGUAUAUAUAAGCAAAAACUGUAUUGUAGGACAUUUUAAUGGUAUGCUUUGCCUUAUCAACUUAGAUAAUACAACUUAUAGGGUGUAUCUUUAUUGAAUGCUAUAUAAGUUAGACAUAACGGUGGCAAAACCACAGUGGCAGUAUGAGCAAGGAACAGGAUAACAUAUUUCUUCAGUACACGUUGGUCUGGCAGUGCAGAACUGCCAUUGUAAGAAUAACAUUGUUCUCCUGUGUUUCUCAUGAUAAAAAAGUGCCUUGUUAUUAUGACAAAGCAUUUUGUUAUUAUGAGAAAAAUGUUUUCAAUAUAAAAUGAAAAAAAUAAACAGAAAACUUCCUCAUUAUAAAAGGAAAAGUUAAAAGGAGCCACCUACAUUAGCCUAAGCAUUUCAUUUAAGUUCAUGUCUCACUUUCUUUUCGAGCCAACAUAAAAUAAAAUUGUGCUUGUUAAGCAGUGUACACGGGGCUGUCAUUAGUUUGUGGGUGCUUUGAAGGGUUUCACCUCUUUGUGCCUGUAUCAGGGAAAGAAUCUCUCCUAAUCAAAGUGACAUUCAAGAUGUGACAUUCAAGAUGUUGCAUUAUGUUUAGAGAGCUUGUUCUGCCGUUGUUCUUCUGCUUAACCUUCAACCGUCAUCUCAUUAUAACUGUUAUAACAACAUCUUUUUAUAAUGAGAAAACUCUAGUUAUAACAUGAAACCUUUCCAGUUAGAACAACAUAUUGUUAGAAUUCUUUUUUCUCAUUUUGGUGACUCUGUAGCCUAUUUUUGAUGGGUUGCUUUUUGGUUCUUUAAAGGUUCAUAAUGAACAGUAUGUAGACCACUAGUACUGAGCAUUUGCAUGCCCAUAACCUAUACUCCAAAUGUAUUCCAACUUGGUGCUUAUUUUGCAGAGUGGCAGAGAAAGUUCCAUACUUUCAGACAAGAAAACAGGAUCUGCAAAGGGCAAAGAUGACAUAUCAUUUUGUAGCGAUGGUUGAAUUUCAUUGAAAUUUUUUCAGGGUCUAUCACUGGAAGAAAGCACUUUGUCUUUUGCCCAGGACAUUUCUUUUUGUUGUUUUUUUUUUUUUGUUCUGUGUGCACAUCAUACACAGCUACAGUUUGUCCUUCUUUGAUCCUCUUCUUAGCACCUACAGUAUGUGGUCAAGUCUUGUUGAACCCGUUGCCAAAAGUCUCACACUUGAAUUAUUUUUAAGUUAAAUAUUAGAAAGAAAAACUUUCCUAUAUACUGUAGCAUCUGCAUUGAAUGAAUAUGAAUGUGUACAUAUUGCUUUCAGUGAUACCUGUCCCUUGAUGACUAUACACCUGAAUAUACCUUUAUGACUAUCAAAGAAAUAUUUAGCUUUAAUGACCAAUGCCAUUUUAGGUAUUUUAUCUAUGUAUUUAUCUAUUUUUGUCUUGAAAUAUUGAACUUGUUGCACUGACAUUUUAAAAUUGUAGACAGGUAGCACUUCCUAACAGUUGUAUUAUUACAAGUAACUGACAAACAUUUCUAUAAAAUAAUCUUAUUUCCCUACUCAGGCUUGAUAGUUUUUAGACUUAGUAUUGCUCAGAUUACAGAAUACAGCUUUUUGUAGGUAAAUGUUUGUAUAGAAAUCAGUGACAUUAAUAAUAAACUUGCAUGAUAAGAGUGUCACUAAAUCUAAAUACAUUUAGUGAAUUAUUAUUAAUCAGCCAAAUUUAGUAGAUUUAUCAGCAAUGCUGUGUUAAAUUAUAUUAGCAAUAGGAUGUAGAUAUUGGGGAAAAAGUAACCUUCACACUACACUUUUGCCCCAUACGGAGGAUAUACAGUAUAGGAUUGAGAGCUGCAUCUGACUGGUUGGUAAUUUACUGCAGUUUUUGUGGAGUGGUCAAAAGGUUUGACUCGCAUGGUUAAUUGAUCAAGCUGUCUGAGAUAUGGUAGAACAAAAGACUUAAUUUGCAAAAUAAUGGUGUUUAUAGAGCCAAAUGUCUGUGGAUAUUCAUGGUCAGGUGGAAAAAGUACUACGGUGAAGUGAUAAUUAAGGCACGGUCAUGCUGAUCAGGAUAAGAAAAUGGACAGAAUUUCUGAGCUUCAGAUUUUUAUUCAUUAGGCUGUUUUGGAAUGUCAAUUAUGGAGAACCAACCAGAAACACAGGGAGGAAAAAUCUACAAUAAUUCCACUGCAUGACCACAGUGUUUAUCUAUUUUAUGUUUACUUCUGAUAUAUCUGUAUUAAAAUAAUUAAUCAUAUUUUUAUGUCAAUAAAUUCGCAUUUACAGUCAACA